AUGAAGGCGGAGGGGGGCGACCACUCCAUGAUCAACCUGUCGGUGCAGCAGGUCCUGAGCCUCUGGGCCCACGGGACGGUGCUGAGGAACCUCACCGAGAUGUGGUACUGGAUUUUCCUCUGGGCUCUCUUCUCCUCUCUGUUUGUCCACGGUGCUGCGGGCGUCCUGAUGUUUGUGAUGCUGCAGAGGCAUAGGCAGGGGAGAGUGAUCUCUGUCGUUGCAGUCAGCAUCGGAUUUCUGGCUUCUGUAACUGGAGCAAUGAUUACUAGUGCUGCAGUGGCCGGCAUUUACAGAGUCGCAGGGAAGAACAUGGCCCCUCUGGAAGCAUUGGUGUGGGGCGUUGGGCAGACUGUGUUGACAUUAAUCAUCUCCUUUUCAAGGAUCCUCGCUACACUUUGAGGUUUCUGAGGAAUGUCUCAUUUCACGUAAGGAAACAUGUACAGAUUCCCUGAAAAAUGGCAUUAAGAAGAGGAAAUGAAAUGGUACAAGUGUGGGCCCAGCAAGUCAGACCACAAGGAAGACCUUGAGCCGUGUGGAAAGCCUGCCCUCCGGCGUUCCAGUGAUUGCACUACUGCACUGCACCUUACGUGCCUCCCUCCCAGGCAAGGUGCACCAGGACAGACACUUUGUGAAGCCACAAGAAAAGCACCUUGUGCAGCUGCCAAUCAGGUUAACCUUGGGGUGGAAAUCAUCGUUCUCAACAGUGUUAAGUUACAGGAACAUUUGGAGAAGUCGACAUAUGUGCCAAACUCUUUUUUUUUUCUGUUAACAUCGAUCAUGUGACCGUUUGUAAGAGUAGAUAAGGAUGAGUGCUGUGAACAUGCUUGACAUGAUUGAGGUAACCUAGCAAGAUCUCUCUUUUAUAAGGCUAAGUCCCAUAGGAAUGCAAAAUAACCAAGUGUUGAAUAUAAGAGAAACUGGUUUUAAUGCUGAGCAGUUCUGGAAUUUAGGGUUGUGAUGUUUAGUGUUAUUCUUAUUUAAUUUAUAUGGAAAAUAGCAGUCUUUUAAAUGGAAGAUUGGCUAAACUGUUUUAAGGACUUGAAGUAGAUGUGUAGGGUGCAUACUUUUGACUAACUUAACACACUUUUAAUAGUUUCCCUCAUAUAUAACAUACUAUUUAUAUGAACUCGAAACCUUUUUGGGUCACAUACAUUGUCAUUUGUGUGUCAUAAAAACAUAAUUUGAAAAUAUUCUUAUAUAUUUUGUAAGAAAAAAGUCUGAAAUGCAUGUUGCAUUCUGUGACCUCCUACACUAAGGUUUUACCUUGUAACUCAUGGAGAAAACACCUGGAUAGCUAGUGCUGCAGUGGCAUUGAAUUACUUCUUGCAGGUACUUUGAUUUUUUUUUUUUAACAAAGCAAACAAUCUUUUAUUCUGGAGUAUCAAUUGUUUAAAGAAUGGCCUAAAUUAGGCUCUGGAAAUAAAAAGCCUCAUUUAUAGAUAAGAAGUAAGUUAUAUAGGAAGAAUAAUAAACUGUCUUAUUUUG